UUGUGAUAGUCCGAUCGCGGUUUUGCCAACUCAAACGCACUACGACCUGAGAAAGCAAGCACACAGUCCACCAUGGCACCCAAAAAGGGCCGUACGCAAAAGCUUUCCGAGCUUCAAGAGAAGGCUGUCAAGGACUACGACCCUGAAGCCGACGUCCCUGCCGAUGGCAGUGAUGACGAUAGCAACAGCGAUGGCGAUUCAGAUGGCCUCACCGGAACCGAGCACUAUGUCUCUGUUGGCAAGAGCAAGCUCCGCCAGGCCGAUGUCGACAACCUUGGACCACAGUAUAGAGGAAAGCGAGUGAGCCGGUCAGCACUCGACGAAAGCGACGAAGACAGUGCAGAAGAGUCCGAUGAAGAGGAUUCCGAGUCCGGGGGAGACGACUCCUCAGCUGAGGAGUUUGCCGACCCAGACACCGCCGACCUCGAGGCCGAUCACGUCGACGACGAUGAAGAGAUAGACAGCGACGAAGCGCUCGGAGCCAGGGAUGAGGAGAAAUUUGCAAAGUUUACUUUCCGUGGCAGCUCAAAGCCCAGAGUCGAAAGCGCACGCCGCAGCAAACGCCCCAUUGCAGCUGAUUUCCUAAGCGACUCUGAGGAAGAUGAGGAGGAUGCGGGUAGCGCCGAGUCGGACCUGGCUGAAGGAUCUGGAGACUCGGGUGAUGAAGAUGAUGGAUUGGAGAGCGACGAAGUCUCCGAUCCAAGCGAUGCUUCAGAAGACGAAGAAGACGACGAGGACGAAGAAGACGACGAGGAUGGCUUAGAGGGCGAAAGCGACGAAGAGGAAAAUGCCAAGAAUUCAGACCUCACUGCCCAACUCCGGAAGAUGAUGGGACAAGAUGGUGCACAAAACGGAGGCGCACAAUCCCAAGCCGCCGUCGCCGGUCUAGACAAGGGACGCGCGGUUCGUCAACAAAGACGCUCAUUCGACUCCCUUCUGAACAUCCGUAUUCGACUUCAGAAAGCGUUAGUCGCUGUCAACUCCAUGAGUACCCUGCCCGAAAGCGAGUCUACUGAGGAUCAGCCGUACCAGGCUGCCGAGGAAGCGGCGCUGAAGUUAUGGAGCACGAUCGAUACGUUCCGCCGGUCUCUUACGCCGGGCUUGUCAACCACAGCAGCUGGCCAAAAACGGAAAAGAGAUGUCGACAUGAACACGCCUCUGCAGGACCUAUGGGAAGAUAUGGGGGUAGUAGAAGCUAGGGCAGCAUCCUACAGAAAGAAGGUGUUGGAAAAAUGGUCGAGCAAGACAAAGAGCACCACUGCUGUCACAUCCAAGCGACAAUUGGGUACUACAACAGUCGAGUCACUGACUUCGGUUCUCGAGGACCAGUUGGUCAACCCGGAUCGUUUGAUCAAGCGCACACGUGUUCCUCGGUCGUGUGCUCCGAUACAGUCUAGCAAAAAGGUACAAGAGGAUGAGAAUAUUUACGACGAUGCCGACUUCUACCAGCUUCUGCUCAAGGAGCUCGUGGAUCAGCGGACAUUGGACGGCUCUGCAGCUGCCGGAGGAUCUGUGCCGACGGUGAAGUGGGCAGCCGUCAAGGAGGCCAGGACCAGGAAGGUUGUUGACCGAAGGGCUAGCAAGGGUCGCAAGCUGCGAUUCACUGUCCAUGAAAAGCUGCAGAACUUUAUGGCGCCUGAGGACCGGAGAACGUGGGAGCAGGACGCCAUCGAUCGCUUCUUCGGUACGCUGUUUGGUCAGAAGAUGGAGUUGCGCGAGGACGCCGACGGUGCUUCCGAGGAUGAAGAUAUGGGCGGCGUUGAUGUUGAUGGCCCUGGCCUCAGACUUUUUGGCUAG